AACAUUUGGGGAUUCUGAAACAGACCGAGGUGCAGUUGCAGAACCAGCUCUUUUAUUGCAGUUGUGUUUCAAGAAUCUUUACUGGCUUCAAAACUAAGAAGAUGGGAACACAUUUGAUCUUGGUGGGUCUGCUGUCUCUCUGCAGUCUCUCUUUUGGUCAAGAAUGUAAUCAACAGCUUCUGGAGAAUGUGGAUUUCCCAGGAAACGACGUAACAUCUCUCUUCUCUCCUGAUGUUGACCACUGUCAGCAGCUUUGCACCCAGCACCCCUCCUGUGACUUCUUUACCUUUUUUCGGGCUGACGGGACCCAAGAUAACAGGAACUUUUUCUGCCUCAUCAAAGCCGCUACCAAUGGACAGCCCACUGCUCAGGCUCCACUACAGGGUGUCACCUCUGGAUUUUCUCUCAAACCCUGCAGCCAAGACCUAGAGCCUUGCCUGUCUAAGGUGUACCAGAACGUGGAUUUUAAAGAUGCCGACUACCGAGCCUUGUUCACAGCAGACUCUGAGGAGUGUCAGAGGGCCUGCACACAGGACCCUGCCUGUCAGUUCUUUACUUUACUAAACGAGGCCUUCACAGCAUUUGGUAACAGGUAUAGGUUUAAGUGCCACCUUAAAUUCAGCUGGCCAGUACCAAGGAUACCUCUUAUAGAAAAAAAGACUGGUGUAACAUCUGGAUUCUCCCAAAUAACUGAAAUAACUCAACAGUCAGCGUGUCAGGGCAAGCUUUUUCCAAACACGGACAUCCCAGGAAACGACGUUGAGGUCAUUCCUGCUGCCUCUCCUGAACACUGUCAGGCACUGUGCUCUGCUCAUUCAGUCUGCACCUACUUCUCUUUUAACAGUAAUGACUUCAAUUGUAACCUGAAGAAAAACACAGAGGACUUUGUUACCCAAGCUAAAGAUGGAGUCACAUCUGGGUUACCGGCACGUUUCUGUCAGCUGGAUAACGCCUGGGUUCAGGUGGUUCAUGAAAACGUAGAUUUCCCAGGUUCUGACAUUCGCUUUGAGCUGAUUGACGAUGCAGACACAUGUCAGAGGACCUGUACUCAGGAUUCUUACUGCCAGUUCUACAGCUAUACCAAUGACAACUUUGGUGAUCCCAACUUCCGGCGCCGCUGCUUUCUCAAGCGUACCAUCACCAUGCCUGCUCCUCCUAAAGUUGCCAGACUGGCCAAUGUGGUAUCAGGCUUCCAGCUGAGGAACUGUAACAGUAAAACUACUGUGUAGAAUGGCACACACACACACACACACACACACACACACACACACACACACACACACACACACACACACACACACACACACACACACACACACACCUGAUGCUGAUGAUUAGAUCAUUGGAUUGCUGUUAAAGCUGCAAAUGACUCUUUCUGUGUGUAAACAAGAGCAAUAAAAAAUAAGGAACAUCAGUUUGCAAUUAGCCAAAACCAAAGACAGUGUGUGUGUGUGUGUGUGUGUUUUAUUACUUGAGAACAUAUUUAGCUGUGUAUAGGAUUCUCGUAGGGUACAGAUUUGAUCAUUGGCAAAUUAUCAAAGAUGUUUUAUCAAUAUUAAUGACUGAGUAGAACGCUACACACACACACACACACACACACACACACACACACACACACACACACACACACACACACACACACACACACACACACACACAUACACACAAUCAUGCAGACAGCUAGCCCUGAUGCUGAUUAGAUCAUUGGAUUGCUGUUAAAGCUGCAAAUGACUCUUUCUGUGUGUAAACAAGAGCAAUAAAAAAUAAGGAACAUCAGUUUGCUUUCAGUCUGCUUUAGCCAAAAUCAAAGACAUUAAUUAAGUAAUUGUGUGUGUGUGUGUGUGUGUUUAGUGUUAUAAGGUCCUAUUACUUGAGAACAUAUUUAGCUGUAGCCAUUAUUGGCUGCAAACAGGACACUUUUGAAGCUGUGGUGGAGAAGAGGUCACUGAACAAACUGUUAUCUAUCAUGGAUAACCCCGACCACCCUCUCCACCCCACACUGGUCCAACAGAGGAGCACCUUCUCUAAUAGGCUCCGACAGCUUCGAUGUCGCACGGACCGCUACAGGAAAUCAUUCAUACCACGGGCAAUUAAACUUUUUAACACUU